AUGCUCGCCUACAACGUCAUUGUCCUCUGCCUUGCCGCCGCCGCCUCGGCGCAGACCUUUUCCGGCUUCGGCGCCGGCGGCAUAGUGUGCCAGGGUGGAAACAGCGCCACCAAUGCCGAGGUUCAAAGCGCCAUCGUCGGACCCAAGGGCAGCGUCAAGCAAGACAAGGCUUCCAACCUCAGCUACGGCAGAUGCAAGACCCUCGACGUUCCCAUGUACUCUCAACAGGUUGGAGACAAAUUCAUCAUCAACUACGCUUUCGACCAGGCCUCCAACACAUACAACUUCUGCUCGGCGUCCAUCUCGGGAGACUUUUACGGAAAGCAGUGCCUGCCGCAAUAA